AGCCGCCAGCCAGGGGAGCGGUGGCCACAGCAGCGAGUGACAGCCAGUGCACAUGGCUGGGGACACCAGGAUGGCUGGGAAGCCCAGACCCUUGGCCUUGUUGGUGCCCAGACCACCCAGCUCCUGGUGGAGCCCCCCUGGAGGCCGGCGGUGCUGUGGGACUGGGUGACACUGACCUGCCAGGGCUCAGGGACUGCCAGUGCCACCACCUGGUACAAGGAUGGGCAGCCCUGGGGGAAGCAGGGACCGGACCACUUCACUGUCACCGAGAGUGGCACCUACACGUGUGACAGACCCGGCACCGGGCACAGCCCCUCUGUGACAGUCUCAAAUGGUGAGAGGGCUUUGGUUGUCUCCAGCAUCGCACCUGCGGGGACCCCAAGGUCUCUGGGUGUGCUCUGCUCCAUGGGUCACCUCCUGGUGUGACCAGAGCCCAUCCCCUGCACUGGGGUGCGAUUCUACCAUGGGGACAAGGAGGUGGAGAGGUCCCUCAGUGGGACAGAGCUGUCCCUGUCCCCUCUGCAGCUGAACCACAGUGGCCGCUACAGCUGUGGGGGCCAGGUGGACUCCAAGGUGGCACCAUGGGCACUCUCAGCUUCAGUGACAGUGACAGUGCAUGAGCUCUUCUCGGUGCCGGUGCUGGAGGGCCCCCCUUAUCUUACUGUGGGAUCCCCCGUGACUCUGAGCUGCCUCAGCACCCCCAGCCCCCUGCGGCCCCAAGCCCCCCUCCUGCACGUGUUCUACCAAGACGGGCGGGUGGUGGGGGGCCCACAGGGGUCACCACAGCUGCUGCUGCCUGCCGUGGGUGUCUCCCACUCGGGGAAUUACAGCUGCCAGGUGCACUCUGAGGGGGGGGGCGUGCGGAAGAGCAGUGCCCGGCUCCGCAUCACGGUGCGCAGGGUCCAGCCCUUUGGGGUGUCCCUGUCAGCACAGCCCCUGGCACAGGUAGCAUGCAGGGACUGACGGGUGCUGAGCUGUGCGGUGGCUGUGCCUCCCCUGUCCUUCUCCUGGCACCAGGAGGGCUCGGGGGCACUGCUGGGAAUGGGCCCCUUCCCGGAGCUGCGCCACAUUGGGGACAAUGACGGUGGCCAGUACCGGUGCCAGGUCAGCGACAGGGACAGGGUGGUCGAGAGUGAUCCCCUGAAUGUCACCGUCCUGAUUCCCGUGGCCAAUGCCACCAUCACCCCCAGCCCCCUGUCACACCAGGUCCGUACAGGUGACAACGUGACCCUGCGCUGCUCAGUGCAGGUGGGCUCAGCCCCUGUCACCUUCACCUGGCUGCACAAUGGGCAGGAGGUGGCCGGGGGUCCCCUCCUGGAGCUCAGGGACAUCGAUGUCGGACAUUCGGGCACCUACCAGUGCGUGGCCACCAACCAGCUGGGACAGGACGGGCACCGCGUGUUCCGGGCACGCAGCCCAGAGCUGGCCCUGGAGGUGACACCUGGCUCACCCUGGGUCACAGCCACCAGGAAGCCCCAGCACAGAAAACAACCAGAUCCCCCUCCUUAUCCCCCCAGGACCCCCCUGGCGCCCGUCAGCGCCGUGCUGGGAGAACGAGACGCCUACUGCGCCAGGGUGCGCAAGGAGGACUCGGCGUCCUGGAGGUGUGAGUACGGGGGGGCCGCCCAGCCACAGUCCCCCGGCAGCCGGGCCCGGGAACGCGCCCCACGCACAGGGGCAGUCCCGGGGGUGCGGGAAUGA